AGAAUUGAGAAUUCAACAUAGUGAAUGUGGUUUUAUUAUCAGAAAACAAAAGAUAUUAUUAGGAAUUGGCUUUCGUAUGGUUAAAAUGAGUUUAUAUACAAAAAACUCAUAUUUUCUCACAAAGAUCUCCUCUCUAGAUGUGUAAAAAAUAAAUAAAUAAAUGAAAAAAAACACCAACAACAACUGAAGAGCAUCACUGGAAAUGGAGUAUUGGUUUAGAUUCUCCUGCUCUGUCUCAGAGGAACAUGGCUGUCAAUACUCCACAUGUUUGGGAACAAAGGGCUGGAUCAUUGCAGAUUAGUGGUGUGUCUGACUUGGUAUUGUAGAUGCAUAUACACACACACACACACACACACACACACACACACACAGUUCACCCCGGCUGCAUAGCACAUGUACAUUUGAUCGUGCAAAUGUAUAUAGAAUGUAUAUUAUUCCCUUUUUGUCUUCAUUCCUCUGCCAGUCUUUAGUGAGGAACUUUGUGACCUUGUUGUGUGUUGAACUCAAGACAACAACUCGCUUGGUUUGGUUUAUCAAACAGAGAUUUCACAUUUCAACACAAACGUAUACUCAUCUUUGUUUUCCUUUGGCUCAGAUCAGACUUGUUAUUGUUGGGGAGGAAUUGUGAGUUCAAAUCCAGACGAUGUCUCAGCCAGCCAUGACCGGGAUCCUAAAAGAGCAAAAUUGGCCGUGCUCUCUGGGUAGGAUUGAUGGCAUACUCUCUCUCUCUCUCUCUCUCUCUCUCUCUCUCUGUCGUGUCCAUCACAGUGACACUAGCCGAUCGUGGGCAUCUGUGAGCUCAUGUAUGUGGAAGAGGGCGAAUAGCGCCAGUAACUCAGCAUGAGCAGCAGUUCGGAAAAAUGUUCUUGGCUAGCUUUAUGUUUCUCGGAGGAAGCAUGCGUUAGCCUUCACCCUCCCUAGGUGGUAGCUGUUAUAUGAUGAGGGAGCUCUGGCUGGUGGGAGUGACUUGGCAGGAGGAACUUAGAACUGACAACAGAUCAGGUCUAAACGUUCGCAUGUGUGUGAGUGUGUAUAUGUGGAUGUGGGCGUGUUUUUAUAUCUUGGUGGGGACCAAAUAUAACUGUGAGUACAAUGUGGGGACAUUUUGCCCUGUGUGUGUGUGUGUGUGUGUGUGUGUGUGUGUGUGUGUGUACACGAGCACAUGUCUGCAUGCCUACUCAAAUAACUUCUGCCAAACAGCUUCACUGGAUUGGUCCAUUGGUCAUAUCCUGACUUCAUUCAUCUGCAUUGAGGCUCCUGUUUGACACGAUUUGACCGAAUAUGACAUCUUAAGCAUUUAUGAAGUGGUCAGUCUCCUGGUUCCACUGUCUCCAAUUGACCAAUCCCAAUGCGGCUCAAUGCUCAGACCAUCACUGAAGAAAGGUACAAAAAUGACUGAAAGGACAUUUAUUUGUGGUAUAUACAGUAUGAUGUACAAAUGAAGUAAUACAUGAUAGCUUGUAUAGUCAGUAUAGAGUUUGUUGAGCCAAUCUGUGUAGUUUAAUCACCAUCAUGAGCAUUACCGUGACUUGACACAGCUAGAAAAAGUGCAGCACAAUAUAUAUAUAUAUAUAUAUAUAUAUAUAUAUAUAGAAACACAGCGAACAUUCGAAGGUGCAAUAAAAAGUGGAGUCUUCAAGAACGUUGUUAUUUUUGUGUUAAUACAGGUUGCUUUAAUAACCCUAUUAAUGUAUUUACGAUGUGGCUAUAACUUCCAUUUGCUGUCAUAUUAAAGAAAAGUAAGACUGUUUUGACUUUGUAUUUUUGUAAUGCUAAAUUUUUUUAAGAAAUAACCCAUGAAUGAAUACUCACCUGUUUUAUCCAAACAAGCGGAAUAACCAAACAUUGUUCUGUUCCUAACAUAAGUUGUAUUGGAAAUGUUUUUUUUGAAACAGUGUAUUAUGUCUCAGGUCAGCCAUUGUUUAACUGUCACACAUUGUUCCAAAAUGUACAUAAAUAAACAUGUAAUCAAGCUUCCAGGGCUUGGCUCCGGGCAACAUUAGCAACGAGGAACAGUCAUUUGAAUUGGCCUGAAUGCAGCCUGGAAAGAAACACAACUAAUUUGAUUAUAUGCCCAUGGUGGCUUUGAAUUUUUCCGCCAUCUCGCUCAACAGAUCUGUGACAGCUGAGCAAUUCCAUGGAAUCCCUGCAUGCAAAGUGAGCUGGGGGAACCCUGGAGACAAUGAUGUAAUGACUGAAUGGCGCAAACGUUUAUACAGCAGCCACCGGAACGGCCGGGCGCUGACUCAUCGCUCUACAAUAAAGCUAAACCAUCCGUUCCAGCGAAUGCAUGGCAGCCUGGAGUUUUACUCAGUGUCGAUAAUAAGAGUGGCUCAGUGCCUCACUGAUUGGCCAGGCUCAGGAAUGAAGAAUUUUAGCUGGACACAUGAGCGUCCUCGUGGGAUUCUCCGGCCCCCUAAUUGGACUGUGUAGAGUCAAGUAUGUCCAUCCUACACACAGCUAUAUAUAAUAAUGAUUAUUAGCAUUGUGUCAUGUACUUUUUUUUUUUUUUUGUUAUUUAUUUAUUUAUUUGUUUCUUUCUUUCUUUCUUUGUUUAGCAACAAAUAAUCAGAGCUAUUUUUGUGUGACUUCAUUUACCCACCCAUACCCUCAAUUUCAGUGCUCUUCUUUUAUUUUUAUUUUAUUUUUUUAUUCCACUAUCCUAACUACUAAAAAUAAUAAUAAUAAUAAUAAUGCAACUAGCCAACAAACAAUAAAAAAGAUUGUUAGUUUGUGUUACUUGAAAUGAAAAAAAUAAACGUGUCUGAUAAGGGUUUUUUUUAUUAUUUUAUUUUAUUUUAUUUUUUCUCUCCUCGGGACUUUAAGAUGAAAUAUGACCCAUGACGUUUGGCCUCUGCGGUUCCUUUAAUGGCGGCAGGUUCCGAUCUCUUUUCCACCAGGUCGCUCAGGCGGAAAUACGCUGACCAAAUAAGGGCAGCGAGGAGGGCGGAGCCGGACAUGAACGCCUUACAUGGACUUUCCACUUCAGCGUAGCGCGCGCGGUCAAAGCCGAGCCCGCUGAUUGGCUGGGCGCUCUCGCUGUAUUUACAAUUGUUUUGGUUUUUUUUUUUUGGUUUUUUUUGUUUUUUUUCACGCCGGUCUUCCGCCAGUGCUACAAGCUCCCUGCGCUUCUCCUCUUCUCCUCACUGAUGGGUUUAAGACCCAGAAAUGAUCUCGCAGUGUGUGUGUGUGUGUGAGAGAGAGAGAGAGAGAGAUUAAAAUCUGAGGAGUGGAAACUUUUUUUUGAGCAGCAAACAUUUCUUCAUACUCUUGUUGUGUAUAAUGAGUGCACUUUGGCACAGCUUGUCACUUUAGAGAAAAGUUUAUAAGCGCAAAAGCAUCAGAUCAUUAAAAAUUUUUUUUAAAAAGGAGCACGAGGUGUUUGGGGUCUAAAUAGCCUUGCCAUGGCUUCUCAACCCAGUUUUAACAAAUUCAUUCAUUUGUUAACCCUUUAUUAGGUGAUAUUCACACGCGCGCGUGCGCGUGUCCUUGGAUGAUUUUUGGAGGAGUUAAAAAAAAAAAGUGCGCUAUAAAUCUAGAAAUGAAUUCAUUUCUGUUACAACCAUAGCCUAUAGUGUAACUUUGUUAUAGGCUAACUGGUUCAAAAUGAUCAAACCACAUGACAACAUCCUGUCAAUCUAAAACGGUCAUAUUUGAAUGUUUCCCCUCGAACACUCCAUUCAUUCAUCCGUGCAAUCCAACUGAAUAAAGUGUUUACAAAACCCCCUGAAGAAAAAUCAAAAGACACCUGCGCUUGCUUUGCCUUCGCAUAUUCCUUUCACCGGGGCUUCGUCCCAAACUGCACACCGCGUCCUAAACAGCGCCCUGGGGUUAGAAUAGGACGCCGCCGGAGCGCGCGGUUGAUGUUGCGGUUGUGUGUCGCGGUUUGGGACGCGGCCCCCAGGGCUCCGAACGUUCCACUACGAGGUGCUUCCAUUGUGACGUCGCGCCGUAGCGGCAACAGUUCCUUUGUGUCUCCAUAUAUGGUCAUCUACGUCACGGACUUGUUCCGCCCCCCUGGUUUUAACGAGAAAAAGCGUUGGAGUUCCCUCGGCCGAGCGACACAGCGCGCGAGCAGCCAGUGCACUUGUGCAAUCAGCACCAACAUCAUCGCUCCUUUUGAUUCAGAGACUUAAAACUAUCCCAGCAAGCAAGCGAUGCAGAAAUAGCGUACUCAUUUAUUUGGUUAAAAAAUAAACAAACAAACAAGGAAAAAGAAGAAGAAGAAGCUUGAGCCGAGGCAUAUUCAUUUCAACCGGGAACUUGGAUACAAUCAUACUUUAAGGGAUUGUUUUGUUGUUGUUGAAUUUUUUUUUUUUUUUUUUGCUCGUAUUUUGUUCUCGACUUUAGAUAAGCGCGGAAGACUGGAGACCGCGGGCGAGUUAAAGCCCGCGCGCUGUCGCCGACACGAGCCACUUGAUUGAACUUGCUAUGACAGGUAAAUUAGCGGAGAAGCUCCCUCUUACCAUGAGCAGUUUAAUCAACGCCAUACCUGACAGCCUUUAUCCUGAAGAGGACAUUCCCACUUCAUCUAUGAACAUCUUCACCAGCACGGACCCCGUCUCGCACUACUCGCAAAUGAACACAGAUAAUAUCAUGGACUUAGGAAUGGGAGGUGAGAAGAGCAGCAAUGAGAUCCCGUAUGCUUCCAACAGUUUUCAGUCUAAUCGAAGCGGGCAAACAGUGACGUAUUUGGGAAAGUUUGCCUUCGACACCCCUCCUUCAGGCGGCAUUGGGAGCUCAGGCUGGUGCCCGGACAACAACAUCAUCAGCCUGGUGAGUGCUGGCAUCCUCGGCGUGUCCCCAUCGCCGGGUAGCAUCACCACGCAGACGUCAUCAUCGGGCGGCAUGAGCGUCCAAUCUUCGGACAUUGACCAAGUGUAUGCCCCGCCCCUUCCCGCUUACUCCGCCUGCGGUGACAUGUACCAGGAGCAGGUGGCGUUCCACCACAGCCCUGCAGCGUCGUCAUCGCUGUCCUACCCACCCUCCGAGUACCACAGUACCACCAAAGCCGUAGACGCCAGCCUCUUCUCCAUGAUCCCCGACUACAACCUGUUCCAGCACCAAGGUGGCGCGGGUGAAGCGGGCGCCAUGGAACACAAGCCUUUCCAAAGCGUGGAGCCCCUUCGUGUAAACCCACCACCUAUCACGCCGCUCGAGACCAUCCGGGCGUUUAAGGACAAGCAGCAGCUGCAGCCGGGCUUCCUGGGCUCGCAGCAGCACCACAUUUCCCAGCACCACCACCACCACCACCAGCCCCAAACUCUCGCCCUUAAACCCGUCCGCCCUCGAAAGUACCCGAACCGGCCGAGCAAGACGCCGGUGCACGAGCGUCCCCACGCGUGCCCUGCCGAGCACUGCGACCGGCGCUUCUCGCGCUCUGACGAGCUUACGCGCCACUUGCGCAUCCACACAGGCCACAAGCCCUUCCAGUGCCGCAUCUGCAUGCGCUCGUUCAGCCGCAGCGACCACCUGACCACGCACAUCCGCACGCACACCGGCGAGAAACCUUUCUCCUGCGACUUCUGCGGACGCAAGUUCGCUCGCAGCGAUGAGCGCAAGCGUCACGCCAAGGUGCACCUCAAGCACAAGGACAAGAAACCUGCAGAGAAGGCGGGCAGCUCGAGUGCCACGGCAACGACAGCGACUCGCUCAUCUCCACCUGGCUCCUGCGGGAGCAGCGGCGCCAGCGGGGCCAACGUCCUGACUGUUACAACAUGCGCAUAGGACUGAGAAUGACACUAGUGUUUGAUAAGAACGAGGGAGGAAGAAACUGAGCUCUUUCCUUUCUUCUGAAAGGCCUAGUCAUUGACUCUCACAGACUCUCCCUCUCUUCAUGCAUUAGUUCUUUGGUUACAAUGUUUUUAUAAGGUGGUAUAGUCACAUUCACGUCAACCCUUACCAGGGGGUUGAGGGGACACACUAGUGUUUAAUGGCAGGGAGAAUAGCAGAGUGGGGUAGCAGCCGGUGGACAGUCAGGUCAUCCCAGGAAGAAAACAAAAACAAGGCACUUUUUUUUCGGGGGGUGGGUGGGGGUGGGAGCAUUACAGGCUCAGGGAGUCCUAACUUCCGGCUCCGUGGACCUACACACUCCAGUGAUAUUUCAGUCUAUCUCAGAUUAGUACGUUUUUAAAAUAAGUCUAGAAUCCAAGCUCACCAACUCUUGGCGUCGAUUAUUUUUUUACACCGCAUUUCAGUUUGUCGAUGGCUCGUCAAAUACGAAAAAGUGCAAUUUAAUUUCCUCAACUUUGUUAAUACCUUGUUUGCGCUGCACUUUGGUUCCUGUUGUUUUUGUGUUUAAAUAAUGCUCGUUAGUUAUUUAAUUGAUGAUAUUUUUUUUAUUUUUUAAAAAACGAUGUGCCAAAAUCUGUUUUGAAAUACUACAGCCAAU